AUGAAAAAUAUAAAUAUUAUUAUUUUAUUAUUUUUAUUAAAUGUUUAUAAUAUCAAUUGUCAAAGUUUAAAUAUAAUUGAUGUAUCUCUUGGGAGUAAUAGUUUAUAUCCUUUGACAUCGGAUCAAAUUGUUUGUUAUCUUCAAUUAGAAAUUCAAGUAAUUUCCACAUUUAGUGGUUGGUAUUCAUUUAGUAUACCAUAUUCAAGUGAUCCUUAUUUCCCAAAUUCAAAUUAUGUUUUAACAUCUCCCGUUUCAAAUUCAACUAAUACGAUUUUUAUAUAUCAAAAUCAACCAAUACCUUAUGGGACUCAUUCAUUUACGAUAUAUUCAGAUUUACUACUUUAUAAUGGUACAGGUUUUGUUCAAAUCCUUACAAGUUCUUUUCAAACUGAAUAUACAUGUAAUAGAAUUGAUGUAAAUUUAAUACAAUUAAAUUUCAUACCUACAAUAAGAUCAUUUGAUCCCAAUUCAAUGAGAAUGGGUGUGUUAAAAGUAAAUGGAUUACAUAAUAGUUGUACUCUUUCGACAUCAAUUGGUUUUUUACCAGAUGGAGGUUCAAAUAAUUAUUGGGUUUUAAAUUUUCAAACUCCUUUAUCAAUUGCUACCAAUUCUUUAAAUUUAACAAUUUGGUUUGCUGAUAAAACUUUUUAUAUUGAUAUACCGUCAAUAUAUAAAACAUUUAUUGGUAGCUUUAGUCCUAUUACACUAUAUCCAAAUCAAAUUAAUAUUACUAGAUUUGGAAUUAAUGAAUUUCCAUUAUUCUCUUUUACUGUGGAUUCUAAAGAUUAUCCAUAUAUAUUUUAUGAUAGAGAUGUAAGAAGUCCAGUAGUAAUUGCAUAUGGUUCAAAUGAUAAUUAUACGUAUAUUGGUAUUUUAAGUAAUUCUGGUGCAUUAACUCAAACUGGUAUAUAUGCACUACAAGGUGACAAUAUUAAUUUAAUUAAUAAUGUUACAACAGAUAUUUCAAGCUUUGUUACAAAUGUGAUACCAUCAACAGGAACCGUUUCAAAUUUUUCAAAGAUUGGUUCAUCAAAUAUAUUUUCAGUAUCAUUUGAUGGAUUUCAAAGUUAUGAUUUAAAUGAUUACCAAAUAACAUUUCAAACUUUAUAUUCAAUAACUCAAUGGCCAUUUGGUUUCUCUGGAUCAAAUAAGAAUUUUACAUUUGAUGCAUCAUUUUUAUUGUCACAAAACUCAUCAUUAGGAGAUCAAAGCAUGUUAUCAAUUUUUCCUUUAAAUAAUUACGGAACUCAAUUUAGUGUAUACAUACCUUUAAAUUACCCUGAAAAUGGUGUAAGUUCACGUAUUAUUAUUACAGAUUUUAAAGUGAUUCAUUUGUUUGAUUUCAAAUAUAUUGUUAGAAUGGCCUUUAUAAUUAAUGGUCAACCUUAUCCUUUGACAUCUAUUUCAAUAAAUGAUAAAAUAUAUAAAUAUGAAAAUUUGGCAUCAGGUGAUUUGAGUAAUGGUGUUUUUGAAUUUAUUUGGGAUUAUAAAUUCUACAUUAAUACGAUAUCCAUUAGAACUUUUGCAAAUAACGUUUAUACUUUAAAUUCAAAUGAUUUUUACUCAAUAGGCCCAAAUAAAAGAAUUACUUUCCCUACUUUUAAAACAUAUGAUAUUAGUUCAAUAAAAGAUAUUACCUUUUUAUAUAAUAACGUCAAUAUAACAAAUAAAUCAGUUUCAAAUAUAAUGUAUUUCAAAAUUAAUGGAUUUAAUCCACAAAAUCAAACUGCACCAACAAUUUGUCUUUUAUUAGUGGACCCAGUUUCAACAUUUGCUCCUACAUUAGAACCAGAUUCUGGAAAAUAUUGUUCGAAAUGGAAUAAAGUUAUGGGUGUAUUUCAAAUUGAAUUUAUUAUACCUUCAAAUACACUUUCUGGAGUUUUACCAUACAAUUUAAUAUUUAAUCAAUAUUAUUCAAUUGAAAGUUCAACACUUUCAAAUUCUUCACAACUCUUUAUAUAUUCAAAUUAUUUUGAUGCUUAUGGACCAAUAUUUAGUGAAUUUAAAAAUAAAACAAUUAAUAGUACAACAUUUGGAUGGGAAUUUUAUAUUGAAGAUUCAAUUAAUGGAUUUGAUCAUGGUGAAAUUAUAGUUAGAGGUGAUUUAGAUAGUUCGAUUUAUAAAUUUUAUUUAACAAUAAAUAAUUUAUUAAUUGGUAAUAAAUAUAGAGGAAAAUAUGAAAUAUUAAUUAAUUUACAAACUAAUGUUUGUGCAUCACAAAAUUAUAUAAUAACAAAUGUGAAUUUAUAUGAUACACAAUCAAAUAUAGCAAUACAUACAAGAUUGAAUGGUUAUAAAUAUGAUUCGGUAAAAACACCUUUUAUAAAUUAUUUAGAUAAUUCAGACAUUUUACUAUUUAAUUUACAAUGUGGUAGUUUUAUUGAUGAUACUCCGCCACUAUUAAAAUCAUUUGAAAUGAUUAAUUUAAUAAAUGUAAAUCAAAGUUUAAUAUUUAAUUUUGAAGCACAAGAUAUUGAAUCUGGUUUAAAGUAUGCUCAAUAUCCAAUUGUUUAUGCAACCACUUUACAUACUGGUAUAAUUGAAUGUGUUUCAAAAAUUGUAUCAAUUAAUUCAACCUAUGCUAAAUACAGAUGUGAUAUGGAAUUACCUUUUGGCUUUGCUUAUGGUCAUGAUGUAAUUUUCACAGUUUAUGGGUUUGUUAAUAAUGGUGGUUAUUAUUCUGGUUAUUCAUAUGAUAAGUUGGUUGAAAUGGGGUUAAAUCAUAGUAUCACAUCAAUGAAUAUAUAUUGGAAAUUAGUGAUUACCAAUUCAAGCUCAAUAACGCCAAGUGGUGGAGAUUUAUGGGUAAUGGGUAAAAGUUUUUCAAAUUUUAUUUUUAAAAGUGUAAAUGUAAUUUAUUCAGAUACUUCAUUGACACCUGAUAAUUUAAAACCAAUUGAUAGUUCAUUCUAUAGUAGUGUAUUUUUAAUAAGUGGUAUUAAAGCAACCAAUAAAUCAUUUACAAUUCAAAUUAUUUCAACAAAUGGUAAUUCAAAUAUUUAUACAGUUCAACCAAUUAAUUUCCUUUAUGAUUAUAUUGAUACAAAUCAACCACCACCAACAAACCCACCACAAAAAUGUAUAGGUUCACCAGUAUGUGGAGGUUUAGAUCAUGGUUAUUGUAAUGGGCUACAAGGAUGUGUAUGUUAUUCGCCAUGGGUUGGAUUAGGUUGUACUUCAAAAGUUGUAGUUAUACCACCACCAAAAUUAAAUUCAACAACACCAACAUCUGAAUUACCAGUAUUAGGUGAAGGUGAAAAUAAUAAUUCAACAAAUAUAUUAUUUAAAUCAUUAGUAUCAAUUGUAUCAUUAAGAGAAUUAAAUUUUCAAGGUAAUGUUGUAAAUGAAUUUAAAUUUGAAAAAUGGAUUUAUUCAGAAAUCAAUUCAAAUAAACAUCAAUAUUUUACAAGUAUAAAUGUACCAUCAACAACAUUAAACUCGAAUGAAACUACUAGUACUAAUAUUAUGGCAACAAUUCAAUGGUUCCCAAAUCAAACAAAUAUUCAAUUUGCUAAUCAACUAUUAACAAUGAAUCCAUCAACUGUUAAAUAUACAAUUGAAAUUGGUAGUUAUAAUUUUAAGAAUAAAUUAAAUCAACUUCAACUAGUUUUAUCAGCAUCAAUGGAUUCAAGUAAUACUAAUAACAUUUGCUCAAAAUCUGAAUUUGGUAAUACAAAUUCCGAUGAUAAUUCAAACUAUGUUAAAAUUCAAGUUGAUAAUCAUUCAUUGUAUGGUAGAUUUAUAAAGAGAGCGAUAAUUGAUUCUCAAGUGAUAUCAAUUGAAAAUGAACAAUUAGAUUCUUCAAUGAAUCCAAUUAAUAGUGCAUCAUCAUCUCAAUCAUUCAUUGGUAUUACAAUUCCAUAUUAUAGAUUUGGUAUUACACUUGAUCCUGAUUUCUCUGUAUUGGUUGAUGAUAAAUCUGUUUCAAGUGGUGAUGAUUCCAUUUGUUCAAAAUCAUCAUCAUUAACCAAUGGUCAAUUGGCUGGUAUUAUAGUUGGUGCCACUAUAUUUGCAAGCAUUUGUAUUGUUGCUUUAAUUAUUUUAAUUAAAAAAAGAAGACAUCUCCUAUUAUUAUUAAGAGCAAAAGAUAUAGUUUUAGCUGUUAGAAAACCAAAUUAUUCAAAUAAUUAA